AUGACUUCUCACUCCCCAUCUCCCCCGUCCACUUCCCGCAAAACCUCUCACUCCGACCCCGACGCCAUUCAAAAAUUCCAGACCAAUCAUCUUGAGAAUGGUGAACCGAUCAAUCCUCGCUGGGCACCCGGUUAUGGACCUCUAAGUCGCAUCCCCACGGAUGGCUCGUACCUUCCUGCUUUUGGAGGUGCUUUCCAACCUGGUCUCUACAAGGCUCCGAAAUCCCAAAUUGCGAAUCCUGCUCCUCUUGGUUUGGCGGGUUUUGCUCUCACAACGUUCUUGCUCAGUAUUAUCAAUUUGGGGACGAGAGGCAUUACUGAGCCUAAUAUUGUUGUUGGACCUGCUAUUGCCUAUGGAGGAUUGAUUCAAUUGCUUGCGGGCAUGUGGGAAAUGGCUGUUGGCAACACUUUUGGUGCUACGGCAUUGAGUUCGUACGGAGGCUUCUGGAUAGGAGUUGGCAUUAUCUUGACUCCUGGAGGCUUCAACAUUGCUGCCGCUUAUGGUGGUGCAACUCCUGAGUUUUACACCGCGUUCGGGUUCUACCUCUAUGGCUGGUUUAUCUUCACCUUCAUCCUCUGGCUCCUAACUCUUCGCUCCACGGUUGCCUUCUCCUCCCUCUUCUUAACCGUCUGGCUCACCUUCCUCAUGCUAGCAACAGGCUACAUGUACACAUCUACCGUAAACGGCGUUACCUCUCCCCACAGCACUCUCAACAAAGCAGGAGGAGGCUUUGGAAUCGUUGCCGCAUUUAUCGCGUGGUGGAACAUGUUGGCUGGUAUUGCGGAUCGGGGUAAUAGUUUCUUUUUGGUUCCCGUGGCGCACUUCCCGUGGAGUGAUAAGGGCAGGCAGAGAAGAAGGGAGAAGGCGGAGAGUAUUGCCGAUGUUGAGAAGGGUGAUUAG